AUGCGAAGAAAAGACAGACACUGGACCGCUUGUGUUCCGUGUCAGAGAGCGAGUCCAAUAGGAAGGGGAAAUGUCUCAAUAAAUGACUUUAAUUCUUCAGGCGAACAGGAUGCCAUCUCAAGAACAAAACGCUCUUCACCCGUUGAUUCACAACAGAAAUCAACCCUAACAGCCUUGGAAGUUCAAGUGCUAAUCAAACAAGAACUUGCUCUUCUGCAACACCAAGUCUGUGCUAAAGAUAAUACGCUAUGCCGAUCAGGACCAAAAGGUAACACCGGAAGGAGAGGGAAACAAGGAACCCGAGGGAGACCGGGGCCCCCAGGGAGACCCGGUUUAAACGGACCUCCUGGUAAACAUGGACCAACAGGAGCUCAAGGCCCGAUGGGCAUAAAGGGGGGUGUUGGAAUGCCGGGAGACCCCGGUCCCGUGGGACCUAGAGGCCCGCCGGGAAUGAAAGGCGAGCCGGGCCAGUCCCUCUCGGCUCCAUCUCUGCUGCGGGGUCCUGUUGACACGACAGUCAAUGAAAGGAAUACAGCCAUGUUAAAAUGUACAGCGGAUGGUAAUCCAAGUCCCAAAGUCACGUGGACUAGGCUGAAUUCGUCCCUUCCUGUUGGACGUCACGUGGUCGAGUCCAGUGGCGCUCUGAUUAUUAAGGACGUUAGACCUGGAGACGACGGAGUUUACAACUGUAGAGCUAAAAAUUUGCUGGGACACGUGAACGCCUCGGCGAAAUUAACUGUUCAGUUCGCUCCUCGUGUCAUGUUGUCAUCCAACGGACUUCUGGCCAAGGAAGAACGGAACGUCACCACCACCUGCACUGCUACUGGUCAUCCGCAACCAAGUAUCACGUGGUCCAAGUCAGUCGGUAGAUUACCCGAAAACAGAACUGAAGUGAUUAAUGGAACACUGAAAAUAUACCGUGUGACAAAGAAGGACAGAGGAACAUACAUAUGUAAAGCAGAGAAUAUUCUAGGAUCAGUAACAGACACGGCUCAAUUGAUGGUAUUCUCUAGAAUCCUGUUCAAAGUUCGCCCUCCUCAAGAGCUGACGCCUAUGAUCGGUACAAGUGUUGUGCUGCCGUGUGUGGCCGCGAGUGACCUGAGAACUACAAUCGCUUGGACAAAGGAUGGCAAGUCUUCACUCCCUAAAGAGUCCAGUGCUCUGCUGAAUGGAACAUUGUUCAUUCAGAACAUCAAGAAAUCACACGAAGGAAAUUAUACCUGCAGGGCAUCCAAUGCUCUGUCAACAAUAGAAGCUAGAGUCAAAAUCAAUUCUCUAUUAAACGCUCCUUCCUGCUCUGUGAUAAGAAAAUACGUCAGCAGUGUAAGCGGAAGUUACGUCAUUGAUCCGGAUGGCGCGGGAGGCCUAGCAGCGUUUACAGUUUAUUGUGACAUGAGUGACAAAAAUGGAGUUGGCGUGACAGUCAUCAGCCAUAACGGUGAGAGCAGAACGUUGGUGAGUGGGUAUAGCAGUCCUGGGAGUUACACGCUCAACAUAGAUUAUACAGGAGCGGAUCUUAAUCAGCUGGCGAGUUUAACUAGAGUCUCCUCACACUGUGAACAGUUUAUCAAGUACGAGUGCUAUAAUUCAAGGAUGUUCGAUGGUGGAUAUGCCUGGUGGGUGUCACGUGAUUCUGGUAAGAUGACGUACUGGGGUGGAGCGUCGCCUGGCAGUGGUAAGUGCGCAUGCGGGAUGACCAACUCAUGUGCCAACUCCUGGCGUAAUUGCAAUUGUGAUGCAAAUGACAAUACAUGGCGUGAAGACAGCGGUCUUCUCGUUGACAAGACACGGCUUCCAGUUAAGCAGCUGAGGUUUGGGGAUGCAAGCGGCAGACAGAAAGUUUAUUAUUCAAGCUGGUCUAGAAAUCAGGGUUAUCACACCUUAGGAAAAUUCAAGUGUUAUGGCACGAUCUAAUAACUGACCAACAAUACUAAAACUUGAGCCAGAUUUCAGCGGAGGGUACGUGUAUAGAUAUUAUUAUACACUGAACUCACGAUCUCUUUCUGAUUGGCUGAAAACGUACAGUGAAUUUCGAAUUCAGCGCCUGUGACGUCAUCUAGUUGCA